AUGCAAGUUGAGAAACCGAUGUUCAGUUAUCUUAGACUUACUAGUGAUACCACACUUGAGAAACUUAUCUCAGGCUCUCCAGUUCUGGAAGAUUUAAAACUCUUUGGAUGUUUGAAUCAUAAUGCAAUACAAGUUCGCUCUCAUACGCUAAAGAGAAUCAACCUGGAUAUGGAUGAGUCUAGUGGAUUUGUUAUCGAUGCACCUCUACUCCAGUGUUUGAGUACUAAGAUAGCCUCAACAAAAGACUUUCAGAUCAUUAGUUCAGUUUUCCUUGCCAAACUAGAUAUUGAUUUGCAACCGAUGCGCCACGACUACUUUGUGAGACCUCUUAAAAAAGUGGUUCACGAUAUCCUCACCGAUAUUCGGAGGGUCAGGGAUCUAGUUAUUACUAGUGAUAUUUUGAAGGAAUUCUUUCUAUACUCAAAAUCAAGAACCGUGCGCCAGUUUCGUAACCUAUCCCGCUUGAAUGCUAGAUUUGCUAAAUGUGAUCUUGAAAUGCUGCCAGCUGAUGUGUCUGAUAUAUUCAAGUACUACUCAUCCAUACGUGAUGAGGAGAAGAGAGAACCAAAUGUGGUGUUUGGAGCAGUGCCUCGGUGUUUGGAAUCAUCGCUUAAGUUUGUCGAACUGAAACUUUCAUUCAUAAGAGAUGAAGGAGAAAUGGAGCUAGCAAGAUACUUCCUGGAGAAUUCAACAAUCCUGGAGAAACUAAGGCUCAAUGUUUGCCGUAGGGAAAAGUCAAAGUGUGACUACCUUAAUGAACUCGUUGCAAUGAAAAGAUCAUGCUCUAGCGCUUGUGAAGUCCUUGUUCUUUAG